GAAACACUGGGAGGUGUUCAUGGGGGAGGACCCGGCCCAGCCCCGGCGCUACAAGAAGAAGAAGAAGGAGACGCCGGGGGAGGGACCCCCCGACUCCCCCACCAAUGACCCGACGGUGAAGUACGAGACGCAGCCGCGGUUCAUCACGGCCACGGGCGGGACCCUCCACCUCUACCAGCUCGAGGGGCUCAACUGGCUGCGCUUCUCCUGGGCCCAGAGCACCGACACCAUCCUGGCCGACGAGAUGGGGCUGGGCAAGACCAUCCAGACCAUCGUCUUCCUCUACUCCCUCUACAAGGAGGUGGGUGAGGGAGCGCCCGCCCGGCACGGGGUGGGGCGGGGGGGCACCUCUGCGGGCCUGGGGGGCACCCAAGUAGGCCUGGGGGCACCUACGUGGUCAUUGGGGGCACCCAAGAGGGUCUGGGGGCACCUACGUGGUCAUUGGGGGCACCCAAGUGGGCCUGGGGGCACCUACAUGGUCAUUGGGGUCACCCAUGUGGUCACUGGGGGCACCCACAUGGGCCUGGGGUCACUUACAUG